AUGAGCUGUUCGGACGUGGCCAUGCAGCAGCCCGCUACGGCGGCGUGCGGGACACCCCGCUAUCUGAGCGGCGCCGCAGUCGUAUCCGCGGCGGGCUGCCCGCAGAAGAAGUUACCUGUAUACAACAAGAUGCAGGAGUCUCUGGAAGUGACUCUUCCUGGCAAGCAAGAAGAGGAUGAGAAGGACCAGCCUGCUGAGAUGGAGUACCUUAACUCUCGCUGCGUUCUUUUCACUUACUUCCAGGGAGACAUUGGUUCAGUAGUGGAUGAACACUUCUCAAGAGCUUUGAGCCAAGCCAGUUGCUUCAAUCCAGAAACUGCCCUUACCAAGAGCAAGGCAGGGCUAAGUCCUCUGUGGAGAGAAAGCUCAACAAUUUCAAGCCAAAGGAGCAGUUUUCCAACUUCAUUUUGGACCAGCUCUUAUCAGCCUCCCCCUCCACCAUGCUUAAGCGGAGUACACCCUGAUUUCCCUGUUACUGCACCAGGCACCUUCCCAACACCAGAUCCCAGCAGCUGGCCAGGACAUGGUCUUCAUCAGACUGUCCCACCUCCUCCCCCUGCUGCAUCUGAAUCCUGGCAUUAUCCUUUAGCAUCUCAGGUGAGCCCUUCAUAUGCACACAUGCAUGAUGUGUACAUGCAUCGCCAUCACCCUCAUCCACACAUGCACCAUCACCAUCCCAGCUCGCACCGUGACCCACGUUAUGGGUCCCUGCUGAUGCCUUCAGUCCGCGCAGCCAGGAUUCCUGCUCCUCAGUGUGAUGUGACAAAGACAGAUCCUGCUGCUGCUGUCACCAGCGCUACCUCAGCAUGGGCUGGAGCCUUUCAUGGAACAGUGGACAUUGUGCCAAGUUUUGGGUUUGACACAGCUGCAGACCGGCAAGCGAAAGCCGCCCUCUGUGCGCCGCUCACAAAAGCCAGGACCUCGCCCAGCCGUUCUGUGUCAGCUGCUAAGUCACGCGGGAAGAGCGGCCGCCUGCCGCUCCACGCCUGUAAGCCCAAGUGCAAGGCGAUUCAGAGCUCUGUCCGUGUCCUGCCGGGACCGCCUGGGUCCAUAUGGGGACCAGUGCUGUUCAAUAUCAUCAUUGAUGAUAUAGACAGUGGAAUUGAGUGCACUCUUACCAAGUUUGUAGAUGAUACCAAGAUGAGUGGUGUGGCUGACAAGACUGAGGUACAGGAUGCCAUCCAGAGGAACCUAGAUAAGCUGGAGAAGUGGGCUAAAGAGAACAUCAUGAUGUUCAAUAAGCCUCGGGCUCGCAAGCGAAUUUCUUGCUACGUGAUACUGGCCUAG